GUUUUGAACCAGUAGAAAUGAGUUACAGUUACAACAGAUUGUAGAUUUCUGGCCGAUCGUUGAUGUAGUUAGUUGUAACUUAUACAUAGACAUUUUUUUCAAAUGUUGGCAUUCAUCUCGAAGAUUUGAUAGAAAUCAAAAUGCCGGGAGAAUCUCACAGAUAUUGUGAGAGGCGAGACCCAACCCUACCCAUACCGGAGAGUCGAUCUUUACCAUGCGGCUGCUACGCGGCUCGGUUCUUUUUAAGUGUCGCGCUGGAAAUCAUGGAUUAAUAUACUACUGGAAAUCAUGGAUAACUGGAAUCAUGGAUAUAAUAAGUAAAUCAUGGAUGGAUACUCUCAAUGUCAAUCACAUGGAUACUCAUGGAGACGCAUCUGGAAGGAAACAACUAGAAGAAAAGGAAACCCUCCAGACGACAUGGCUGCUGGAAUGGGUUUCCGAUGGCUCUAUCUCUAAUUUGAGGCGAUUGCCAGGGAUGCAGGCAGGCGAAAAUAUGGGAAGGGGACUGUAUUACGUCCUGCGGCAACCGGGCCUGGAGUUAAGGCAAGUAUAGGCAUAUGCUACCCAGGAGCCCAGUUCAUUUUACGUAACUAGUUGCAACGCAAGGACUGCAAGUAAUGGAUGAGGCGAAAGUAACCUAGUAGAGAAGGCGCCAGCAGCUGGAGCCUCAUGGCUUAGCUGACAAGUUUUUCAAUUCUGUAGUUUUAUAUAUAGUUACACUUUUUUCAUCAACAGGCUUUGUUCCGAAGUACUGCGGAACAAAGCCUGUUGAUGAAAACAGUGUAAUUACAUAUGUUCCAGGGCUCAGGGCUGGCAGGCCCCCCCUGUGGAUGGAUCGGGGGUGGACCACGCCAGAGGGGUCCAGCCUGGCCACCUUUGCGCGGUCGGGGGGGGGGCCUCCAGCCCUGAGCCCUGGAACAUAUGUAAUUACUCUUUUUUCAUCGACAGGCUUUGUUCCGCAGGACUUCUGUAUCACCUAAUCGUAACACACGGCAUGCUCUGCAAUGGGAGGGGGCCGAGAUCGGGACAUAGAAGGGAGAAUGGUGGCAGUGGCCAGGAGCCAGGAGGAAAUCAUCGGCUCUAUUGGGAAGCUUGUAUUAUUUCAGCGAUGUUGUUCAAUGCUAAUUAUCCGAGUCUAUAUCUAUUUGCUGGCUUUUCAAAUAGUAGCACUCGCAGUUUAGUAGCUAAUUACAACUCCCUUGCUAACUAGAUCUUGCCGGUAGUUGGUCGUUCCGUAUAUUAAGGUCACAUCAACAUCUCAAUCUCUAUCAGGAUUCCGUAUAUUAAGGUCACAUCAACAACUCUCUCUCGUUCUACACUCAACAGGAAAAACGGCAGAUCAAGAAGGCUUUGGCGCUGACCAAUGAUGCUACACAUCCCAGUUUGGGCGCAGGCGCUACUGCUUCGUCGCCCUCUACCUCUGGUCGGCCGCGAAAAACAAGCGAUAUGGACUAUUCAAUCGUGCAGCAUGUUCCGUUUCGAUCAGAUGACACGAAGUAUAUUAAGGACAUGCUUGUUUUGGUGCGUCUGAUGCCAUAAUUACAGUUUUGCCUUCUUCAAAGAAGAACAAGGGGCAUGACUGCUAACGGGGUAGAUUGACACCAAGUAGACUCCGGGACUCUAAUGGCACGCAAGAGCAGGAGAAGUUUUUGCAUUAUACCAUGCGGGCGGGCCAAGUGGCUCGCGUCAUCGCAAGAGCCGGCUGCGUUAAGGCUCAAGAUGAUCAGGAACCACCUAUCAAGUCGGUUUUAGUUGCUCAGUUGCCGUCUUGGCCUCUGGGAUGAUCUCUAUAGAAGUUCUUUACGGUGUUGAGCUCUAACUCUGGGAAGACAACGAUGGCGGCCGCAUAUUGUAAAAGGUUCUUGCAGCUUCGCCCCGGCUCUAAGAUCCUCUACAUCGUCUUUAACAAGAUUAUGGCACAUGUUCAUGAUAAGCGAUGAUCGAAUUAAAAAGUUUCUUAGGAACUGUUUCCUCGCUAUCGCCAUUUUUCAUUCAAGACGUCAGCUUCUUCCAUAGUGUGUCAAUAUCGCCAGUGACUAUAUUAACGGGUGGCAAGAGUAUCUAAGAGCUACAGGAGUAUUGAUUACAGUGCAUUUGUUUUUGUUCUGUAUGAUUUGACAUUGAAGACUAAAUCUAGCGUUCCCUCAUAUAUUCCCAUCCUUCCCUAUCCUUCAUAGCACAGAACGCCGAAGAAGCGAAGCAAAGCAAGAAAUUCGACAACGAGCAGGUAGACAUCUUUACCUCGCACUCUUUCGCCUAUCGGCGGCUGUUCAGGAUCUUCAACACGCGGAACUCCGACAAUCCUGACCCGUGGAAAACAAAGGCGCUAUGUGGCAUCUGGGACAUUUUCAGGGACAAAGUAGAGCGAAACGAAGGCGGAGUUCUCUCAGCUCAGCAGCGCGCCACUUUCCUGGAGCGAUCGGCAAAAGGUCAGAAGCUCCUCGGGCGAACGGUGCGAACGAUCUGCAACCUCAUCGCCGGCACGGUUGCGAAGUUCUGUCAAUCAGAGCGCGCUACUAUCACAAACGACGACGUACCUCUGCGAGCAAUUCCGGAUCCUGAUACCUUAGACCAGAAGAAGUCGGCAAAGUGGAAGUUGUUGCUGGAUCCGGAGUUCUACGUCGCGCAUGCGAAAAAAGUCUGGCAGAAAAUGGAACAGGAGAUAAGAGGCGGGAUGAACGAGCCACCGGCUCGAGGUGACCCACAAAGAGACGUCGGAGUAGGGCAUGACAACUACCUAAAGUUUUGGCAGCUGCAGCGCCCAGACCUGGGGCUACUCGGAUACGCCCUCAUAAUCGUCGAUGAGUUUAUGGCUUCCUUUUUUGAAGGUUGAGCUCACUCUGUUUCUUUUCCUUAUGUAAAUUUCAAGGAAGAGGAUGAAUAAGUAGUACUCGUUUCGAUGAAACGAAAGUUGGAUAACGUCUGUAACUGUCUGUCUGUCGGUUAGGCGCUUGGAAUUAGAAAUAGAACUUCGACGUCUAUCCACUUAUCGUUUUUAUAGAUAUGGCUUGCUUCUGUGACAUUGACCCCUCUACAACUUUUUGGCUCCUCCUCUUUCAUGUUUUGCCAGGACAUGACGAGGUGUCAGAGUCAAUUCUUCGCCCACCAGCCGACCACGCGAGUUCUUCUCUUAAGCCUCUCAACACAUAGUUCACUUUUGACUUGCAUGCAGCCUUGACAAGUAACUGCGCUCCAUCGAAUACUUAUUUGAGGAUACAACUAGCCGUAAAGGGGCACUGGACAGAAGCAGAGAUACUCUUGCUUCACGGAAGAUGCAGGUUAGACAUGAUUUUUACGCGACUCUAAUUCAUCUUGGAGACACCAGUCAGAGGAUUUACGGUUGGCGCGGCGCUAGCGAUUCCUUUGAAUCCGUCCGCGCGCAAGACUUUAGGCUGACGAUCUCUUUCAGAUUCGGCAAGGAGAUAGCGACACUGGCUACGAAGUUUCUGCGAGUCGCAGACCCUAAUGCACUCGUAAUUGGUCGGGGAAUUCCGACCAGACCUGUUAGUAUUCUACCUGCAGAGGAGAAUUUGCUAGAAGCGCACGAUGGGAGGUUUGUUCUGCUCGUGAGGAGCAACAAGCAAAUCAUAAUUAUGUUCCCUUUUGUCCUCAAUGCUUCGCGUUUCUAGAAGAUUUUUUCCAUAGAAGACUCUGGUACAGAAAGUUGCUCAACACUCCCUAAGAUCAGCCUCGUUCUCUUUCGAAGAAAUGAUUGUCCAUGAAGAUACUGCUUAAAGUAAGAAUUUAUGUCUCUUCGUCUUACCACUUUUUCACCUGCAGCAGCAACAACAUUAAGCUCUCGUGUGAUUUACCAGUGGUACAGUUCACUACUGUUAGUAACUUAGAAUAACUGGUAUUAACCCAAUUACCUUUUUUGUCCGUUCUUUCAUAGUGGAAGAGCUUCUCGGUAUGCGUGCGGAACUCGGUCGAUUUCCAAGAUGGCAAUUUGCGAGUACGAGUAUGAGAUUGCCGGAUUCGAAGACAGUAGAGAAGUUCGCAAAGUUUUAUUGCGAGACGAAAGAAGGUGGCGAGGCCAAUGAUCGGCGAGAUCGAGACUUCUUCACAUCCUCACAACCGCACCAUCGCAACUCGCAGCACAGCGCGUCGUCUUCGCAGUCGCCACACAAGUUCCACCAGAACUACCGGAAUCUCUCGGAGUCACAGGAGCCACUUUUCGCUACACAGAACUCCGCGCCCAGUAGCUCUCAGCCGUAUGAUCGGCACUACAAGAACAGUCAUCAUGAUUUGCAACUCGUCAACAUAGGAAGUAGACCCCCCGGUGUGCGUAUCGCAGCACCCAACUACCUCGAUACUAUGAUCGCUACUCUUCGAUUAAGGCUUCCACAAAUUCAUUUAAAGAAGCAUCUUUGACCCGUCUCCAAGGGGAAAAAAGCCAAAGGUGCGCGUGAAGAUGAAUAUUCAGGAAAGGAGCUCUAACUCAAUCGGGUCGCAGCCAAUCGUCUAGCGGCAUGCGGCAAAGUCGUGCUGCGGGAGCUCCCGUUGGUCUUGUUAGUCAUGACAAUGAGGAAUUUGAGGAGUGGGACGACUUGAAGAACCACUGCGCCGACAACGAGGACAUAAAAACUCUGUCUGUGCUGUUGCUCAUCGAUAUGGCAGGAAUCCGAUUUUGCACAUACUCACGAUUAAACUAAUACUCUGGUGUAGGUAACAAGUACACAGAAUAAGUCACUGCGCUUUUGUACAUACUCGUAGAUACUUUUUAGUAGGUGAGUCUAAAUAACAUAAUGAUAAUAAAUCAUGUUUAUGAGUCCUCUGUUAUCCUGUACGAGUCGCUGCUAUCCGAGAAAUCGCAAACACCUUAUUUUCUUCUAAAUCUAUGACUGAAAAUUAGAAUUAUUUUCCUUUCAUAAUCGAGGUCCUGGACUAAACUAUUUUUUUUCCUGCUUUCAUAGUUGAAGACCUCGGAUCGCAAGUUGCGCUUCAUCUGCGUUCUGUCGUUGCGGCGAAAGUGGAGAAUGAUGACUGGGAGGUGAGGAUAGGAACUGUUCAUGCGGUGAAGGGCUGUGAAUACCGAGAAACGGUUGUGAUUGCAGACGAUUUUAUGAUGUCAAAAGGGAAGCGAGUACUUAUAUUUCAAUAGAGGCGUUCGAAUAUUCUUAGGUUAGAAGUCCUUAUUACUUUAAGUAAUUUACUUACUGAAGAAAAAGGAACGAAGUAAAUAGUCAAUCAUGUUGCUCGAAAUUAGGCUCGAUGAAACUAUUUUUAACAAUAUUGACAUGAAACAGGCGAAUCGCUACUCUAGAACCUACUACUAGAAGGCAUGAUCUCUGUAAAUGUAUUUUGUUUUCCCUGUAUUCAUGAAUUUGAAAUUUCUUUUUCAUGUGAUCAUCCAUCGUCAUGUACUUGCAACAUCAACAAAUUCUUUCAUAUUUCUUCCGCUCCCGGUGUACAACAAGAAUCACGUACGCGCUGGGGAGAUCAAAGACAAAGCGGACCUGAAGUUCAGCGAUAUUGAGGCGAUCAAUCUCCUCUACGUAGCUGUCACUAGAGCCAUGGGGAAUUUGCGGCUACGCAGUAAGGUGUGGGAUUUUCUUCAAGAUAUCGACGAGAAGAAAAGGUUAUGAAACUGGAAUGCACACUAGAACAAAACAUGAGUAUGACAAGCACGUCGUCUAGCUGUUUUGUAUUAUUUCUUCAUCUUCGACGCUCUCCUCGUUCAUAGAAUCAGGAAAAGGAAGAGCAGAGACGACAGCAUGAACGAUUUGGCUCCGCAUGUGGUGGAGGCAGCUACAGCCAGUACGCGCAUGGUCCGGGAGGUGGUCCCGAUAGUGACUCCAGUGAAGAUGAAGAAGUGGACUCAUCUCAAGAUGCUGAAGAAAGAGGGAUGUGGUUGCAAGCGGAGUGGGACAGACUGCAAGCAGAAUGGCAAAUUUUCGCCGCAAGAAAGGCAGAACUCUCACCAGCUGAACAGUACUUACUCAUUCUUUUUACGAAGUUGGCUCAUAAAUGACGCGUCUUUCUUGCUGUCGGAAAGUUGUUUUUCUUUACGACUAAAUAACACUUCUCAGCCCUUCUAUCUGAAGUUGAGCAUUAUCAUCAAAUGUGAGUCACUGCGGAUCUUAGAUCAGAGCUCUUGCAGCCUGAGCCUGCUUGACGUAAUUAACUUGCCUAGCCCACAUCCGCCACAGGUUGAAACAAAUUCCCUGGCCAGUAGACUUCGACAAUCCGUGCUCGCUGUCGCGGGAUACUGCGCCCUCAGUUAAGGCUGUACUUAAUUCAUCCUUGUGCGCAUCCGUGAAAAGUAUGCUUGAGUAUUCUGAUCUUCGUGCUAUACUCUUGAACGAGGGACGCAGAUCAGAGAUGAAAUAUGGGGCGCGCUAACUCAGCGAUGGAGGAAGCUACGCGACGCGUGAAGUUUUGCCUCUUGCACUACCACAGUGACAAGUGGGAGACCACGCUCGCGGCAGCAGCAUCUGACGGCUCAGCGGGUAGGAGUCAGCCUGCCAGGUUUUUCGCUGGUGUUCGCAGUAAGCUGAACCAGAUCACUCAAGCAGCAGCGGAGAAAAAGAAGCAUUUGCGACUCAACGGCGACGAAGAGCAGGGCGAGAGCGAAGAACAGGCACCGGGAGCACCCACCUCCGGCCAUGGCGACAGAAGUACUGGCAGGCACCAAUCUGGGGGGCCUGAGAUGAAACGAAGGAGAUGCAGCUAGUGACGUCGAUCUGUAGUCGUAUUUUUACUGAGAUUUGCGAUGCUGCUGUUGCUGAACCUCUACUAAGAUGAAGACGAAGACCAUUGUGACGCCACCGACAUUUGCUCGUCUACGAAACUCACAGCAGCAGGGAAGCUGCCAACAAUGACCUCACUCACCCCACUGAAAAAAAAAACUGUUGUGAUGAAGAUAAGAGUCAGAGAAACGAUGUGCCGCGCCAUUCGGUAGUCGUCGCAAUAAAUGAGAGAACUUGCUACUACUAUCGCUAUUGUUAUGCAAGUGGAAAUGCUUAAAGAAAUACACCCAGAAUUGAAAGCAAUGCACUUUCCGGAAUUCCAUAAUGAGUCGCAAUGGAUUUUUCUAGCGAAUGGAAGUCCAUGUAAUUGUUGUUUACCCCUAUAACCUAGAAGCGCAUGCAGAAUCUUAUGAGUUUCUACAUUAAGAUAGCUGCGCUUGCGCUUCCUCGUGGUGCGGCCUUUGGUUGCCAGUAUCCCCAUUCUUCAUGCAUAUUCAUAUUGUCCUUUUCGAUGUAUAUUAUUCUUGUCUGACUCGUUCGUAGUGUAGUGAUGAAGGCUAUACUCUUCUCGAUGUAUGAUAUCCUUGAUUAUAAUGACGUGAUUGAGCCACGAUAUGACCACAUAUGAUUGGUGUGGCCACGAUAUGACCACACGCCUCUAACUUCGUAUCUUCAACCCUCAUUGGAGCAGGGGAUCUCUCUCGCAGGACGAUCACAGCAUUCUUUUUGGCAGCAAGACCAAGACCCGUGAAGUUGACUCGUCAAGAUGAAUCAUUGAAGACACGUCGAC